UUUCCGAAAGGAGUAAACAUUGAAAAUUCUACUAGUGACUUUGCACGUUUUAGGGCAAAUAAAGCAACGAUUCCUUUAGCCAGAGUGUAACAGAUGAACUAAACACCUUCAAGGUGUAACAGACGCCAUGGCGAGUCAAGAGGGAGGCGUCACCACUGUGAUUGGUGUACAGGGCAUGACGUGCAACUCCUGUGUACAGAACAUACAGGGUUAUGUAGGCCAACAGGAGGGGGUCGUCGACAUCAAGGUUUCCCUUGCAGACAACAAUGCCACCAUCCAGUAUGACCCAGCGAAGACUUCUCCAUCCAAACUUCGCGACGUCAUUGAUGACAUGGGAUUUGAAGCGUCCCUACCUUCCAACACUGCCCAAGUUGUCAUUGGCAUCGAGGGCAUGACGUGUAACUCUUGUGUACAAACCAUUGAAGGAAUGAUCUCUAAGAUGGACGGAGUGGAGUCUAUCAAGGUUUCCCUGGCUGAGAAGCAGGGGAGGGUCACGUACGACGCCAGUAAGACCAAUCCAGAAGCAAUCAGGGAAGCGGUGGAUGACAUGGGCUUUGAUGCCUUUGUGCAAGACAGAGCCCAGGGAGAACAGAAGAAGGUCAAGAUCAAGGUUGAAGGCAUGACCUGUAACUCCUGUGUGGAGAGUAUUGAGAAGGUCAUGUCUUCUGUAGAGGGGGUGAAGACGAUCAAAGUCUCCCUGGAGGAUAAGGAGGCAGUGAUCGACUUCGACCCGCAGCAGACGGAUCCUACCUUGUUGAGGGACGGAAUCGACAAUAUGGGGUUCGACGCUUCCCUGGAGUCAUCGCAAUCACCAUCCACCACUACUACCUCUCAGAAGGUACCCACCAUACCACCACCAGCAAGCAGACAACCUGCCGGCGUUGUAGCUGUGAACAUGCCCUCAGACCCGUGGGUGAAGAUGGAACAGGACAGUCAAAUCCUGCAGCCUGCAACGCUUUCCACGGCAUCGACUGUUAUAAUUGGAGUAGAGGGAAUGCACUGCAAGUCCUGUGUUCGUAAGAUUGAGGAUGCCAUGGCCGACCACUCAGGUUUACACUCCAUCAAAGUUUCUCUGGAGAACAAGAAUGCCGCGGUUAGCUACGACGCCAGCCAAACGAAUCCGGAAAGCCUCGCUAGGGGCAUAGCUUUCGAGGGUUUCACAUGCUUUCUCCCAGGCUCAUCCAACCCAAUCACAAAACAGACCGGUGAGCAGACUGUCGUUAUUGGCAUCCAGGGGAUGACGUGUAACUCCUGUGUACAGAGCAUUGAGGGCAGAAUGGCGACCUUUACAGGGGUCAAAUCAAUCCGAGUGUCCCUGGGAAAUGCCAACGGCACCAUCGUGUAUGAAGCCUCAAAAGUGAGUGCCGAACAGCUAAGGGAAGCCAUAGACGACAUGGGAUUUGAAGCAUCUCUUCCAGGUCAGUCAGCACCAAUGUCCCUGUCCAAGCCUGGUGCCAGUCCUCAGAAGAAGAAAGACGACUUCACAGUGCACUUCAGGAAGGGAGCGGUGGUGAAGACAGAGCUUGGGCUGGAGGAGGUGGAGCUGGGGACGGCAGAGGAUACCACUCGGACAGCAGAUCAGAUGGACAAGUGCUUUGUGGAGGUGACGGGGAUGACGUGUGCAUCCUGUGUCUCUACCAUUGAGAGGAACUUGGAGAAGGAAACAGGUGUGAAGUCUGUGCUGGUAUCGCUGAUGGCGGGGAAAGCGGAGGUGAAAUUUGACCCUUGCUACACGACACCCAGUGAGAUAGCCAAGAAAAUUGCUGACCUCGGGUUUGGUGCGACUAUCAUCGAGUCCCAAGGGAUCGGAGAGGGGAGAGUACAGCUUGCAAUUACAGGCAUGACCUGCUCCUCCUGUGUUCACACCAUCGAGUCCAACAUGAGGAGAAAACCAGGGGUUCUGGAGGUCUCCGUUGCCUUGGCAACAGAGAGGGGCCAGUUUGUGUACGACCCAGAGGUCACCGGACCAAGGCACAUCAUAGAAAUGAUCAAGGAGUUGGGUUUUGAUGCCAGCUUGACUACAGAAGAGAAGAAGGGAAGCUUGGACCACAAAGCAUCUAUUCAGAAGUGGCGUACAGCGUUCCUGUUCUCCUUUAUCUUCGGCCUGCCCGUGAUGAUCAUCAUGAUUUACUACAUGGCUACCGGCCACAGCCGCAAGCCUAUCUUCAGGGGCGUGUCCCUGGAAAACCUGCUCUUCCUGAUCCUAGCUACACCUGUGCAGAUAUUCGGAGGUAGACACUUCUACGUCACGGCCUACAAGUCCCUCAAGCACAAGUCCACCAACAUGGACGUCCUCAUCAUGCUGUCCACGACCAUCGCGUACGUCUACUCCGUCAUCGUUCUCAUCAUUGCGGUGAUAGAGAACCCGGGACUCAGCCCGAAAACGUUCUUCGACGUCCCGCCAAUGCUUCUCACCUUCAUUUCCCUCGGUAGAUGGUUGGAGCAUAUUGCAAAGGGUAAGACAUCAGAAGCUCUGGCCAAACUCAUGUCCCUGCAGGCUACUGAGGCCACCUUAGUGGAGCUGGGGAAGGAUGGUUCUGUUGUCAGUGAGCAGCAGAUCGAUGUUGAGCUGGUACAGCGUGGGGACAUCUUGCGGGUUGCACCGGGUGCGAAGGUUCCCGUGGACGGGGAGGUGAUCGAUGGCACAUCCACUGCUGAUGAGUCUCUCAUCACGGGAGAAUCCAUGCCUGUACCUAAGAAACCUGGGAGUAAAGUGAUUGGCGGGACCAUCAACCAGCAUGGAGCUCUGCUGAUCGAGGCGACACAUGUGGGAGCAGACACCACCCUGGCACAGAUCGUCAAACUGGUGGAGGAGGCGCAAACCUCCAAAGCUCCCAUCCAGAGGUUUGCAGACAAGUUGUCGGGGUACUUUGUGCCGACCAUCUGUGCCAUCUCUCUCAUCACCCUGUUCGUGUGGAUCGGCAUCGGCAUGGGAGAUCCUGAGCUCAUCGACCCAAACUUCACAAGUGAGAGACAUGACAUCAUCAGUGAAGCAGAGAUUGCUGUGCAGUUUGCAUUUAGGUGUGCGAUCACAGUGUUGAGCAUCGCCUGCCCCUGUGCCCUUGGUCUGGCCACCCCGACAGCGGUGAUGGUUGGGACGGGUGUGGGUGCCCAGAACGGAAUCCUCAUCAAGGGAGGGGAACCGCUGGAGUUCGCCCACAAAGUGAAGACUGUUAUCUUUGACAAGACCGGCACCAUCACCCACGGUGUUCCUCGGGUCAUGCGGACAGCUCUGUUCGUGGAGCCUGCUGUCUGCACACUGCGCCUCCUGCUGGCCAUUGUUGGUACUGCAGAGCAGAGUAGUGAGCACCCCAUCGCAUCUGCCAUCGUAAAGCAUGUCAGAGAGAUGCUGUGCAUCGAGUCCCUGGGAAAGGCCUCUGACUUCCAGGCCGUGCCCGGCUGUGGACUGCGGUGCACCGUGUCCGGCAUUGAGUCAGUUCUCCAGGCCAGCAGCCAAUCAGUGGACAGCAGUAACCAUAGUAACAUGGUCAACACUGAUGGUAGACAGACCUCUGCUGAGGACACCCCCGCCAUCAUAGAGCCACCUGCGGCUAUUGAGCCCCAGGGCGCGGCGGCCCCGCAGGAGUACCGUAUCCUGGUGGGGAACAGGGAGUGGAUGCAGCGCAACGGCAUCAGCGUCAGGGACGAGGUGGACGAGACCAUGAAGGAGCACGAAGAGAAGGGACAGACUGCAGUUCUCAUCUCUAUUGAUGGUACGCUGGUGGGAAUGAUCGCGGUGGCAGACACGGUGAAGUCGGAGGCUGCGCUGGCUGUCUACACGCUGAAGAGGAUGGGUCUGGACGUGUAUCUACUGACAGGAGACAACAAGAGGACGGCCAGAGCCAUCGCCAAACAAGUGGGUAUCACACAGGUGUUUGCAGAGGUGCUGCCCUCCCACAAGGUGGCCAAGAUCCAGCAGGUGCAGGCGCAGAACCGGGUGGUGGCCAUGGUGGGAGACGGCGUGAACGACUCGCCGGCGCUGGCUCAGGCGGACGUGGGGAUCGCCAUCGGAACGGGGACGGACGUGGCGGUGGAGGCUGCAGAUGUGGUGCUGAUCAGGAAUGACCUGCUGGAUGUGGUGGCUGCCAUGGACCUGUCCCGUCACACAGUUAGGCGGAUCAGACUCAACUUUGUCUUUGCUCUCAUCUACAACAUGAUCGGAGUUCCCAUAGCUGCAGGUGUUUUCCUGCCCGUUGGGUUUGUGUUGAUGCCGUGGAUGGCCUCAGCCGCCAUGGCUGCAUCCUCCGUCUCCGUGGUAACAUCCUCGCUCUUCCUCAAGUUCUGGCGCAAGACGGAUCCCGACACGUUGGAGCGACCAAUCAUGUCAUCAGGCGAUGUGUUUGUCACUGUUGGAUCAGAAGAGCCUGUGGUGGAGUCCCCGCGGGAAACCGUGUUAGACUCGAUCAAGAGGAACAUCAGCCAGAUCUCGCUGGAUCGCAAGAGCAAUGGAUCUGCUGGAUCCAACAGAACGCUGGAUCGCAAAAGUUUGUUAGAGGGAGAAGAUGAGGGAGACUAUGGUGAUUCUUAUCUUUGAAUUAUGAUAAUGUUAUGAUAAUAUUCAUAUUUCUAUUUGCACUGUCAGAGUUCUAUGACAUUGUAGUACCUAAAACCACUCUGCUUGAAUAGAGGGAGAAGAUGAGGUGGACUAUGGUGAUUCUUAUCUUUGAGUUAUGAUAAUAUUAUGAUAUUAUUCAUAUUUCUAUUUGCACUGUCAGAGUUCUAUGACAUUGUAGUACCUAAAACCACUCUGCUUGAAUCAUACUACACUCACUCACUCAUGGCCCAUGACCACGUAGGGGCUCCACGACAGCCAGCUGCUGUGAUCUUUACCCAUCUAUACUAAAUGUGCAACUUGCUGAUUUGACAUUGUGGAUGAAAUGUUUUUUUAAGUGUACAAAGACAAUGUGAAAGAAUGUUGGGGCAAGAUGUAAAUGUACUAUAAAGAAUGGACUGUCAUUUGUUUGUCCAGUAUAUUUUGUGAAAUUUAUCAUACGAUGGUAUUAAAACAAGGCUUCUGAAACGAGUCAGUCCUCUGACAGAGAAGACAAAUUCUAUAUUUGAAACAAGUUAAGAUAAACUUUAGAGAAAAUGUAGUACAUGUAAGCUGAGGCAGGAUGUGGCAUACACUAGACACUAUACAAGUUAUGUACACCUUUGUGGCAAAUACUCAUGCACCUACAUUGUACUGUA